AUGGCUUUCAAUCUCAGAGUCUCACGUCGAGGUGAACCAUCCAGAAAUGGUCCUGGGUCAGAAAAUCUAGAGCUUCAACCUAUCCGAGGGCCUGCCAUCCAGGAAAGGGAGGGGGUCUCUACGUUCCCGAGCACUGAGUUCAACUUAAUUCAAAACAGCAGUAACUUGUGUGCGAGGCAGGAGCUGCAACAACUCUAUACGUCAUUUAACUCAUGGCUGCAGCCGGAAAAACACAGCAAGGAGGAAAUUAUUUCUCGCUUGGUGCUGGAACAGUUUAUGAUCAACAGGCACUGCAGUGACAGGUCCAUGCUGAAGCAGAAAUGGGAAUCGAGUGGCAGAAACCUGAAGACAUUUGUGGAAGACCUGAGUGAUGAUUGCUUGAAGCCCCCUGGCUUGGUGCACGUCCACAUGCAGGGACAGGAAGCCCUCUUUUCUGAGAAUAUGCCAUUAAGGGAAGUCAUUGUUCUCUUCAACAAACAAUUGUCCGCAGGAACCCCAACAGAGACAAACGUGGGGAUGCCCUCCUGGACUCCCCAAGAUACUUCUCUGCCAACAGGACAAGAUGACGAAGAUAAAGAAAACAAUGGCAACAGUUCUUUGAAAACGACUGAAGUAAAUAACAGUAUUAUUAGUCAAGGCAGUGAAAUACCUUUCCUACUCAUUAUUCCGGGAGAGAACUGUCCUGGGCAUGAAGAGGGAGGUGUUUCUUUGGAAAAUCCACUCAGCUCAGGAAGAGCAAGUCUAGGAACCUCCUUAUCCCAGGAAGGGCCCUUGGAAGGACCCUCUUAUCAAGGUGUCCUCAUGAAGGUGGAACCAGCGUUUCACUCCAUGCCGGACCAGGUCACCACUGAGCUUGUCCCUACCCACCAGAGCAAUACAGGAGACUCCACACGUGGGGGACACCAAGAAAGCGGUCACAGAGCCCGAAAGUCAUAUCAAUGUGAGGAGUGUUCCAAGAUCUUUAGGUAUUUCUCUAGGUUAAAAGUCCAUCAGAGAAGACACAGUAAUGAGAGGACAUUUAUUUGUGCCACGUGUGACAAAGGCUUCUUCCAGGCCUCAGACCUACAUGUGCAUCAGAAGAUUCAUGCAGGAGAGAAGCCUUUCAGGUGCAGCACGUGCGCCAAACGCUUCAGCCACAAAACCAACCUUCUGGCUCAUGAGAGAAUCCACACGGGAGAGAAGCCCUACAUGUGCUCUGAGUGCAAGAGAUGCUACCGCCAGUCAUCCACCUACCACCGCCACCUGCGGAUGCACCAGAGGACUGCUUUCAGCUGUGUUUCUUCCACAACAAAUGAUUCCUCCAUGUAA